AUGCUUGUUCUCUCUGAACUUUCUGAAGGAUCUUCAUCUUCCUCUACUUCAUCAACUGAUGGUCAUAGAUAUGAUGUAUUUUUAAGUUUCAGAGGCCUCGACACUCGUAAUAGUUUCACCGCUUACCUUCAUAAGGCCCUCAUGGAUGCCAAUAUCACUACUUUCUUGGAUAAUGAAGAUAUUGAAACAGGGGAAGAUCUUAAACCAGAAUUAGAGAGUGCUAUUAAAGCAUCUAGAGCUUCCGUUAUUGUGUUGUCCAAGAAUUAUGCUACUUCCACAUGGUGUCUUGAUGAAUUAGUGUUAAUCCUUGAGCAGCGUAUGAUAUCCAACCAUAUUGUUUUCCCCAUCUUUUAUCAUGUUGAGUCCACCUACGUGAGGAAGCAACAAAGUAGUUUUGGAGAUGUCAUGGCUAAGCAUAAACAGAAGAUGGAGGCAGAGACAAAUGCAAAUAAAAGAAUUAAGUGGGCUCAAAAGAUGGACAGAUGGAAUAAAGCGCUUAUUGAAGUUGCUGGAUUAAAAGGGAAGGAUGUAAAUGGCAGGCUAGAGCCGGAGUUUAUUGAAGAAAUUGUUAAGGAUGUCUACCGUAGAUUGCAUGUGCCCUUAAGAAGUCCUCUGCCACUACUUAUUGGGAUGGAGUCUUCAAUUAAAUUUGUCUUGUCAUGGUUGAAAGAUGCAUCCUCACAUAAGGCAAAUAUACUCACUAUUUGGGGCAUGGGCGGCAUCGGGAAGACAUCUUUAGCCAAAUAUGUAUAUGGUUUACAUUGUCCUGAAUUCAACUCAAGUAGCUACAUUGGAGAUAUUAGUAGGAGAUGUGAUGAAAAAUUUAAUGGAUUGCUUCAUUUACAAAAACAACUCUAUGAUGACAUUUCAAAAACACGUUCGAAUCACGUUCAUGAUAUUUCUAUAUACACCUCAAUGAUAGAGAAUACGGUAGCUUGUAAAGAGGUGUUUCUAGUUCUUGAUGAUAUUAACAGUGUCAACCAGUUGGAUGCGUUACUUGGAAGCAAAGUUUUUCAUCCAAAAAGCAAGAUUAUAGUAACAACAAAGGAUACAUGGUUGACAGAGAGUUGUGCACUAUUCAAAACAAACGUUAAACCUCAACAUGCAAAACACGAGCUUAAAGGCUUAUCUAUGAUUGAAUCACAAAAACUUUUGUGUUUUCAUGCAUUCGUGUCCAACUAUCCUAAUGCAGGUUAUGAAGACGUAUCGGCAAAAUUUGUGAUGUAUUGUGAAGGGCAUCCACUUGCUCUUGAAGUUUUGGGCAAGUCUCUACAUAACCGAGAUGUAGCUUAUUGGGAAGAUCGCAUAGAACAACUAAAGAAAGAAAUUGGGUCCCCUAUAAAUAAUGUCUUGAGAACGAGCUUUGAAUCUUUGACAUCAAAUAAUGAUAAAGAGUUGUUCAAGCAUAUUGCUUGUUUUUUUGUUGGAUUCGACAGAGAUGUAGCCGAGAUAAUAUUAAAUGCAUGUGAUAUAAGCACGAGAUCAGGGAUCACGAAUCUUAUUCAUAGAUGCCUUCUUAGUAUUGGAUGGAAUAACGAACUAAUGAUGCAUCAAUUACUUCAAAGGAUGGGAAGGUUUAUUAUACAUGAAGAAUCACCAGAUAAGCCGUGGAAGCGAAGUCGAUUAUGGUGUCAUGUUGAGUCAUUCAAAGUGUUGAAACAAAAAAAGGGUAAGGGAAAUCUUUUAGGCUUGACCCUCGACAUGAGAAUGCUUGAGAAAGAGAAGUUGCAUGCAUCAUUUGAGCUGAAAACAGAUACAUUGAGUAACAUGGAUAAUCUAAUGUUACUACAACUUAAUUAUGUGAAACUUAAAGGGUCUUAUGAGAACUUUCCAGAAGAAUUAAGAUGGUUGUGUAUGCAUGGGUUCCCUUUAAAGUCUAUACCUUUAGACUUACCAAUGGAGAAUUUGGUUGCUCUUGACAUGUCAUAUAGCAAUAUUGAAUCAUUUGACAUUUGUUAUAGCAAUUCACAACAAAUCCAGAGUAGGCAAAAUUUGAUUGGAUGGUGCUCAAAACACAAAAAGUUGCUUGGAUCGCUGAAGAUUCUAGAUUUGAGUUUUUGUGAGCAACUUCGUAGUAUAAGUGGCUUUGACGAAUUCUCUGCACUUGAGAUGUUAAUAGUUAGGAAUUGCACUAAUUUGCUUGAGGUUUGUGACUCAAUUAAGCUAUGCUUUGAACUUGUCCUUGUCGAUCUACGCUAUUGCAUCAAGCUUGAAAAACUUCCAAGAAUCGUAGGCAUGAUAAACAAAGUUGAAACACUAUUACUAGAUGGUUGUUAUCUUAGAAAAUCUCAAUUCGAUAGUAAAGAUAUGGGUUCAACAAAAAUGGUCAACGAUAACAACUUUGGCAUAAACAUAAUAACCUCUUCCUCCACAACUCUUGAGGUUGUACCAAGUGAUUCAAAGCUCUUUACGAUUUCUUUACCGAGGACAUUAUUAAGGUUGUCACUUGUUAAUAAUAACUUGUCCACCACAUCUUUUCCCAUGGAUUUUUGUUGCCUAUCUUUGUUACGAGAAUUGUAUUUAGAUGACAAUCCUAUCAUCUCCAUGCCUAAUUGUGUGAGAAGCCUUCCUAGGCUCGAGACACUUGGCAUGUCAAAUUGUAAAAUGUUGACAUCAGUAGAGAAUCCUCCAUACACACUAAGAGAGUUUAUCCUAUAUUAUGAUUGUAAGCCUUUGCUACGAAAAGUUACAUUUGAUCCAGAAAUGUCCCCACUUGAGUUAUCAAUUGGGUGGAAGAUGUUAGCACCUUCGUCUUUUGAAAUUGAAGGUGUGAUCAAAAUCCAACCAAUGGCAGGUGUUGAAGAAAAAGUACUUCGUAGUUUAGGCUGGAGUGAUCUAGACUUCCUUUCCAAAAGGCGCUUGGGAACUUCAUUUGUUUCUAGAGGAAGAGAGGAAUCUGAAAUCCAGAUGUAUUAUGAAUUUGGAAUAUUUAGCACAAUAUAUGGACAUGGAGAUAUGCCAAAGUGGAUUACAUAUAGAAGCAUGGGGCCAUCAAUAUCAUUUACCAUCCCAUCAUCUCCUAACAACCUAACUGGAUUGAACUUCUGCCUUGUUCAGUUGCCAUUGGAUGUUGAGUUCGUUCAUUUGCCAAAGAUCAUAAUUAGUAAUAUUACAAAGAACCACACUUGGAUAUAUGAACAUUUUAUUGGAAACGCGAAUGUAGAUGGAGGGUGUUUGACGUUGUUAAGUCAUUGGAUGUUUGUGAUGAAUGAGAUGGAAGCUGGUGACCAUGUUACUAUUACCCUGCCUGUAUCGAUUAAUUUUGCUUAUCCAGUUACAAAGGAGUGUGGGGUGAGUUUCGUGUAUGAUGAUAGAGACACACAUGAAGAAGAAGAUGCAUUGAGUUAUUACAAGUCAUGGAAUCAUAUCAUUAGCAGAGAUCUCAUCGGGUUUCAGUUAACAAAUGGAAAAUACCUCCUAUACAUAUCGCGGUUUUUGGCGCUAGAUCAUGAAGUGCCAUCAUGGCAUUACCUUGAUGGAGAAUACGCCCGUUUUAAAGAGCUUUCUCUGAAAGGAUGUUUGACAUACUGGAGGAUGGCUCCUGAGCUAGUUGAUGUUUUGUUGGAGUGCAAUAAUUCAUUUGGUCAAAUACAGAUCCACUCAAAAGUAUAUUCCCUUGUUCAAAAAGUGCAGCACAUGUUACAGCCUUCUUGUGCUCAUUUAUAUCUGAUACAAGAUUCAUUGUCGUCCCCUUCAUCUCGAGGACGGAGUAGGUGUCUAUGGUGGAAGUUAGUCGAUAUUGAGGGCAGAAUCAUAUGUGGUGAGAGUUAA